UGUAGUUCCGCCCCGGAGUCACAUCGAAAUACUAGUUAAGGCUGAGGAAGCGGCAGGCAGCAGCAGUGUGUACUCUGUACUUAAAUAUACAGAUUGCCGUUGAUAUUCAACAGUUCACCCGGAGAGGAAUUGACUGGAACCCACCGGACUUUGAUUUCAGCUCGAGAUUGUUUUACAGUGACGAGACAAGAAGAUGGAUGAGCUGCAGGAUGUACAGCUGACUGAGAUCAAGCCACUGCUGACCAACAAGAAUGCACGCAACUUUCAAGAUUUCGACUGCCAGGAGCAUGACAUUGAGACUCCCCAUGGCGUUCUCCAUGUGACAAUGAGAGGUGUUCCCAAGGGCAACAGACCCGUCAUCCUCACCUAUCACGACAUCGGCCUUAACCACAAGUCGUGCUUCAACACCCUGUUCAACUAUGAGGACAUGCAGGAGAUCACGCAGCACUUUGCAGUGGUUCACGUGGACGCGCCCGGCCAGCAGGAGGGUGCACCUCCCUUCCCUAGCGGUUAUCGCUACCCAACCAUGGACGAGUUGGCUGAAAUGCUGCCCUCUGUGAUGACUCAGCUCAAGGUCAACAGCGUGAUCGGCAUUGGCGUGGGAGCAGGAGCGUACAUCCUCACCCGCUUUGCACUGAACAACCCCACCCUGGUGGAGGGUCUGGUUCUGAUCAAUGUUGACCCAUGUGCUGAAGGCUGGAUCGACUGGGCAGCUUCAAAGCUGUCUGGAUGGACCAGUAAUUUGGUGGAUAUCAUCAUGGCUCACCACUUCAGCACGGAUGAGCUGACAGAGAACCAGGAGCUGAUCCAGACCUACCGCCUCCACAUCGCCCAAGACAUCAACCAAGACAACCUGGCUCUCUUCUGUGGCUCCUACCAAUACCGUCGGGACCUGGAGAUCGAGAGGCCAAUCGUAGGUCUCAAUGAGGACACAGUCAACACACUAACGUGCCCUGCUUUGCUGGUGGUCGGUGACACAUCACCUGCUGUGGAGGCUGUGGUGGAGUGCAAUUCCAGGUUAAAUCCAACCAAGACCACACUGCUAAAGAUGGCUGAUUGUGGAGGCUUGCCCCAAGUUGUGCAGCCAGGGAAACUUGCUGAGGCCUUCAAGUACUUUGUUCAGGGAAUGGGCUACAAAUUGUUUACAGACUAAAACCUUUUUGGGCUGACGUGUUUGUGGUCAAGAAUUUCCUGUUGACGUGAGUGCAAUGAAAAAAAGUUACUUAAAUGAGGAUUGUUUUUCACUUGCUUAAACACCCCUGCUGAUGGGGUUUGGACUGCGGCCAGCAGUGCAUGAAAAGACACAGUUUUUUGUCAUCCUGGUCACGGAGAGGCAGCUUGAGCAGCUCGGUGGAUGCUAACGCCGUUUCCUCUCUGCUCUUUGCAGUGUGUGGCCACCACAACCCUCAGUAGGUGAGGUGUAAAUGUAUCUAGCAUGAUUGAAAUGACAGUGGAACUCGAGUUAUGAUGAACAGCAAUUCACUUCCUGUUCAGUUAGGAGUGGGUGUCAAAAAAUACCCUCUGCCUGGUGUGCUUUUCUUUUCUAUCCACAACUGUUUAAUAAUGCGGUGUCUUUCUAGAGAGACUCCAAGUGCAUAUUUAAACAGGCCUUCAGGUUUUUACAGUCACUCAUCUGCAAAGGAAAAGAACAACAAACACAAUAUGUCUGCUAUCAGACCGUACUGGCUUGCAGUACACCAACCAGACUCAGCUCCACUGAUGGAUGAAGUCAUGAAUGUAGGUUUGCUUGCUCUGGCCAUACAGAUGACACCUGUCUGCCUGGGUUUUUUCUGUAAUGCUAAUUCUCUUUUUGCUCUCUCCUAUUCCCAAACCCUUCAGUGUGGGAGGCAACCUCGGCUGUAGCUAGUAUGUCGGGGCCUCUGCGUUGCUUUAAAGGCCACCGCGUCCCCCUGUUGAGUAAAUGCCACUGCAGGAUUAGAACAGAUUAAAAAGAGUGCUUUCACACGGAGAAAGUGUGGAAAAUAAAUCUUAACACCUCAGCAUGUUUCUGAAAGCUGCUUUUCCCUCAUUAACACAUUGCCACAGUGUAAAAUGCACAAGAGAAACUGCCAAGAGGUACAGGAAAUAAAGAUUCUUGUUUGCACACAUGCUAUGAUUUCUUACCUGUUGGUGAUAGCAAACAGCUUUUGUCCUCAAGCUGCAACAAAGCCUCAGUUUGAAUCCGACAUACACUAAGGUGGGACAAAGCAACACGAGAGCUACCUUUUCAACAUGUCUCCCUUUCUCCCUCUUUCUUUCCUUCUUUAAUCAUUGCUUACAGUUCCCUACGUUCUUCUCAGUCACCUGAGCAACGAAUCAGGUACCGGGUUCUUGAGCAGCUGUCAGUCUAGAAGGCUUUGAACCCAAUGGCCUCUUAACACCCCACAGUGGAUAAAUGUCAAUGUAUGCAGAAAUUCUCCAGAGAGCACUGUUUCACAUUGGUAUUCAGCAGCAGCUCAGUGUGGUGGAUACAGUCGGAAUUAUGCACAGUGAGAUCUUUCUGCAUACUUUGACACACAUUCAUCUCUCUGUAGGUGUGUAGUUAGUCCUUUUAGCAUGGAUUCUGUCCUCCUCAGUGUCCUGUUUUGUUGCAUGACCUGCCGCUGUUGCUUCCUGUCAGUUCAGUUGGAUUGCAUAUGCUGUAUUCUGCUGUUGUAUUUAGUUUUUUUUUCUUUCAACAGUGGACAUAAUUUUACACAUUUCUUGUAUUUGAUUAGUCUCCAUAUUUGAGAAUUGUUUGCAUGGUAAGCACUUUUUAUUGUUGUUGCAUCUGGGUAUCGAAGUGUUCCCACACUGCACUCUCCAGUCUCCAGGCAGCGUGAGUGGAAUAUUAAUGCAUGUCUCUCGUUUUCAGUGCCGUCAGCAGGAAUGAGUCGUCUGGCUCGCUCGCGCACCACCUCCUCUUCCAGCAUCACCUCCAUGGACAGCAGUCGCAGCCGCAACAACCUCAACAGCCUGCUGGAGGGCAGUGCCACUGGGGUCCUGGACAACCAGGCCG